UCCCGGCCGCCUCAUAAAGGGUACGUACGGCACGUCCAUCUCCUCCCUUGACCGGGCGAUCCAUCGCCGGCCGGCACGCAUAUACAUGGGGAAGAAACCCGGAGGCGGUGGCUGGCUGGCCACCGUGAGGAAGGUCUUCAAGACCAGCCCCUCCUGCCCUACCAACAAGAACUACUCCAACAAGGGAACGGGAGGAGGCGAAGAAGAGCAGGAGGCGGCGGAGAUAGUGUCCGACGAGCACUUCCCGCCCGCUGACACGUCGCCGGACGCAACAACGAAUGAGGUCGUCGUCACGAGGCGGAGGGAGUUCCACCACGGUGGUGUGGAGGCGGAAGCCAGGAGGGCGCGCCGCGCCAUGGCGUCGAGGGUGGCGAGGAUCGCGGCCUUGCGCGGCAGGGAGGAGCGAGCCGCCGUGCGCAUCCAGGCAUUCUACCGGGGCUACUUGGCGAGGAGAGCCCUGCGCGCGCUGCGCGGUCUGGUGCGGCUGCAGGCGCUGGUGCGCGGCCACCAGGUGCGUCGCCAGGUCCAUCUCACCAUGCGCUGCAUGCAGGCUCUCGUCCGCGCUCAGGCCCGCGUCCGCAGAACCCAAACCCACCGCCUCCUCUUCUUGGACGACCACGUGGUGCGGCGACCACCAAGAAACAGCAUCAACGAUAAUAAUGCGAGCCCGUUCCACCGAGGCUGGGACGCCGUCAUCCGGUCCGGAGCCACCACGGAGCCGGCCUACACAGCAUUUGGGUACCAGGACAAACCCAACGGCGCUGCAGGCUGGCACUGGCCGCUGGAACCCUGCACGCCGCCCAGUAUUGGGCCGCCGGCCCAAGGAGGCGUUUCGGUGGAGAUAGACCCGAGCAGAAGACCCAAGAUCAGCCCACCCAAGGACCUCUACCCGGUGGUGCGCGCCGAGGUCCCGAGCUACAUGGCGGCGACGCAGUCCGCGCGCGCCAAGGCCCGCAUGGCGUCUCCUGCUCCGAGGGCUCACGUCCGGAGCCGGUCCGGCUCGGUGGCGCUUGGCGCCGCCGGGCCUGGGGGCUCUACAGCAAGCUCGGGCUGGAGCACGAGUAACAACGGUGCGCCGCAAUAGAUCAGGGAGGGGUACAGCCCGGAGUCGAGCUGCAGCGGUGACCUGACGCCCCCGACGCUUCUUGCCGCCGGACGCCGCAGCAGGGCGCAGGGCUAUGUUUGAUUACACAUUAACUACAGAAACAUCAAACGUCAUGCUCCCUCUGAUCCAUAAUUUGCCCAAAUAUAAAUAUAAAUGUAUCUAAGACUAAAAAACGUGUCGAUACAUGUAAGAUUUCGAUAAUUAAUAUGGAUCGGAGGGAGUAGCUGCAAGUGUUUAUUGCUCUCAUUGUACUUAAAAAUGGAUGAUGCAUACACUAGUAUACAUGACAGCAUGAUGUCGUCGGAACUAUUGUUCACUCUUGUACAAUGAAUACAAUUUGAGUAACAGAAACUUGCGAAUGUCGUCUCGGAGUAAUUUACUCCAGAAA